AUGGACAUAAAUAUCGAAGAGCAUACCGAUGCCUUCUCUGUCCGCCGUCUCUGGCGCCCUUCGCGCUUCACCCUGCCCGACCUGCAACCAGACGCGACCCUCUUUCCUGAGCUGGAGCUCGACGUCAACGCCAUAAAAAUCGACAACCCCUACGCCCCCACAAAGAGCCUCGAGCACGACCUGCGCCUUCCCGAUCUCGAUACCUUCCAGUAUGGCCCUCUCGACGACCUCGACUCGGUCCAGGAGUCCACCGAAUCCGCCGCUCCUGCUCAACACCUGCCUCAACCCGAAGCUCCCGACGACCAGAUUUGGGAAGAUGCCGCCGCUCUGGCGCCCGCCAGGGACGAUGUGAGGUUCCACACUUGGGAGGCGUUUGAGAAGCCUGACUUUCAAGAGCCCAUGCAUGCCUACAUCGCUGAGGCUGGCCCAGAGGCUUUCGACGCCGCGCUGCUCAGGAUGCAAGAGGCCGACCCCUCCAAGGAAGCAGGCAGGAUCGUUAGGUCGGACAUACUUCUGGGUUCGCUCUUCAAUCUCGGUCUUGGCCGUUCUUCGGUGCUGUUCAGGUACGAGCAAACGCAGCAUGCCUUCGCCCAGGCCAUUCACGACCAGAGAAUGUCUGGCUUCUCACUGGUUUCUGCCCAGAACCUGAUCCGCGACUUCCUGCGCGGUGGCUCUGCUUUCAAAAGCCUUCGCGAAUUCGCCGAUCGAACCCGUGGAGCUCAAAAUACGUUUCCGUCCAAGGUGGCUCUGGCCACUGCAAUCGAAACCAUCCUGUCUACAAUGGAGAACCACCUCGGCAGUCAGAGGAAUGCCGUAUCGAGCUUGUUGCAGCUUGAGCAGCUGUUUCGUCGGUCUCACCAAAUACUACUGAAGGUCCAAGCCGUUACCGACGAGGUGAAACCGCUAUCCACGAACGAGGAUUUGAUCACCUUGUUGUACACGCACGUUCACGACAUGGAACAAGACGAUACUUGGUUGAGGUCCGUCUUUCUGGACAUCCUCAAGAGCGUCAGCAAUCCUUGGCUCGAAUUUGCUGCUGAAUGGGCUGGGCUUCGCCGCGGCUUCAAAACCGGUUUCACCAAAGGAGACGUUAAGCACACAUUUGUUGGCGUAGAAGAGACAUCGGAGGAUCAAAAUGAGCCUCGUCCACCACCGGAGCAUUUUUACAGAUCUGAGAAUAUGCCAACAUUCAUCCCCGACGAGGACGGCCGGACUCUAUUCGAGACUGGGAAGAGCUUACGCUUCCUCGAAGUCCAUCAUCCAAGCCAUCCUUUGUGCGCUCCUCACAAGGUUGGCCUACACGCCCCGCCUCUCGACUGGAAGUUCGGUUGGGAAGAUAUGGAGAGCAUUGCCGCCAAAGCCAAGAAUUACGAGAGGAGUUUGGCCGAAGCUAUUAGAAAAUACAAGCCUACUUCAACAGACCAUGAGCAGUUCGCUAGGAGGUCUUCGGAUGAUGGUACGGACACCAGGCCAGUCAUGGAGCCAGCAAAUUAUGAGCGCGAAAUCCUCGACACGAUUGACGUUUUCGACCAGGACCCUGCUCAUGAGGAGAGUGCGUCAGCAACUACUCUGCAUUCGCUAGUUCUUUCAUCCAUAUCCCCACAGAGCCACCCGGAUAAAGGCGUCUAUACGUUCGCUCCGCCGAUAGCGCUGACUCCAACUCUUUCUCUGACUCCAUUGUUUCGUGCACAAGCUCGUCUAGUCAACGCAACAACACUUAGGCUGUUCUUUCGAUCACACAACUUACGUCUCCAUCUUUCUUUGCAGCGGCAGUAUCAGCUCCUAGGUGAUGGUAUGUUCAUGUACCGGCUGACUUCGGCAUUACUCAGUCCGGAACUUGAGACUGCAGAGAGAAGACGAGGAACCGUGCGAACCGGAGCUCCCAUGGGAAUAAAGCUGGGGUCACGGUCAACAUGGCCACCGGCCAGCUCUGAGCUGCGACUCGCGCUCAUGGGCAUCCUGAGCGAAAGCUAUCACUCAUCAAGGCUAUACCGCUCUGCGAAGAACCACGCUUCCUACAAGAAGCAGGAAAAGCGUCUCAGAGAGACUCCCGAUCUCCCGGGCAACCUCAGCUUCUCGAUCCGCGUCCUCUCCAACGACGAGAUCGAGAAGUGCAUGGACCCGAACUCGCUGUACGCGCUCGACUUCCUGCGACUGCAAUACACGCCGCCGCCGCCGCUGAACCUCGUCAUGACCGCGUCGGCGCUGGACAAGUACGACAGCUGCUUCCGGCUCCUGCUCCGCAUCGUGCGCAUGCUCUUCGUCGUCAACCACCAGCUCCCGCGCGAGGGCGGCGUCGCCGGCGUGUGGGAGAGCAGGUGCUUCCGCAACGAGGCGCACCACUUCGUCAGCGCCGUGUCGGCCUACUUCUUCGACUCGGGCAUCGGCGAGACGUGGCAGGCGUUCGAGGCGGGCCUGGACGGGCUCGAGCGGCGGAUGCGCACAGAGGAUGAGUGUGGUGACGGCGAUGACGAGGUCGGUGGGACUGACGGCGACUCGUCCUUCGGCAGGCUGGUGGUGGAAGGGCUGGAAAGCGUGCGCGCGGCCCACGAGGAGUGCCUCGAUCGCGUCAUGUUCGCGCUCCUGCUGAGGCGUCGUCAGCAGCAGGUCAUGCGCCUGUUGGAGGAGAUCUUCGAGACGAUCCUCGCGUUUGCGAAGCGCGCGAGCGGCAGCAGCAGCAGCAAUGGCGGCGCGUACAGCAGUGGCGGUGCUGCUGGUGCCGCGGCUUCGGGCCCGGCCGGCGGCAGACAGGGCGGCGGCGGCCAACAGCUUACGGCCGUCGCCGUUUCCGCCGAGGAGGCGCGCGAGGUGAGGGAGAUGCACAUGCUGUUUAGGAGCAAGGUCAACGUCUUCAUGACCGUCUGUCGCGGGUUGACGGGGAAGCGUGGAUCGAGAAGGGCUGCUGCCGCCGGCCGCGGUGCUGGUGUUGGCCUUCUCCUCGGUGGUGAUGGGCGUGACGUGGUGGUAGAGGAAGAGAACACGAUCGAUAGGCUGUUGUUGAAGCUUGAGAUGAAUGGGUACUAUGGUGCCCCGGUCACCACGGAUUUGGGGUCUUGA